AUGGAGUUAUUAGCAUUCAUUCCUGAAGUAGUCAAUCCUCCUAACGAUAAUCAGAAUAAGCCAUCGAUUAUUGAUCACAAGUGCAAUUUUAUAAAUCAAAAUGAAAAGAGAAAUAUUUUCUUAACAAAUGGAUUGUUUACUGAUAUGCGACAAUGGAUUAGAAAUUUAUUUAUUAUGUCAAGAAAACUUCCAUUCGCAAGGAAUAUUCUAAAAAGCACUGCUGCUGUUAAUUACGAAAUUAAUCGACAAAUUAAAUUCUAUCCUUACAUGAUACAUCCUUUUUCUAGAUUUAGAGUAUGUUGGGUUAUGUUUCUUGUUACGUUUACUAUUCUUGCCCUAUUUGUAAUUCCAGUUCUAAAUGCAUUUUAUUUCGAAAUGCAAAAAGAUUGGUAUCCAAUAACAAUUUUUAUCGAUAUUAUUUUUCUUCUUGAUAUAAUACUCAAUUUUCUCACCGGUUAUUAUGAUAUACAGACGAGAAAUGUUAUUUUUGACAUGAAAAUUGUCGCUCAAAAAUAUUUUGGAAGCUACUUUUUUCUUGAUUUGUUGACAAUAUUUCCAGAAGAACUCAUAGACUAUCUUGUAUGUGGUAUGGAAAACACUAAAUGGUACAUUCCAAUUUUUAAUUUUAUGAAAAUUAUUACACUUCGUAAUAUUAUGAAAGGUACGGAAUAUUUGAAGAAGACAUUUCGAGUCUCUAUAAAAAACUACGAAAUAAUUAAACUGACGCUUAUUGUUUCAAUAACAAUUCAUUGGUCCGCUUGUUUGGAGUAUUACGUGCCACAAGCCAUUCACAAAUCUGCAAAUCUCCCAGGACGCAAAAACUCCUGGAUAUUAAGUGAGGUGAUGUUAAGUAAAACAAGUAGAAUACAAAAAUAUAUAUUUUCCUUACAACGAGCAACAACGGCUUUAGUUUCCUCCUCGCACAUUUUACCAGUCUUUACCCUAGAGGACAUGAUUUUAAAUUUGGUAUUAUCAAUGUUUGGGAGACUUGGAUUUAUAUAUUUAUUAUUUAAGUUCGUUGAAAUAUCGAAUCUCUAUUAUUCAUCCACUAAAAAAAGAAGCAAACAUCUUCGACAAUUACGUGAAUUCAUGAAAAUGAAAGAAUUACCAGAAAACACGCAAAAUCGUCUCCUCGCCUAUUAUGAUUAUUAUAAUAAACGAAAUUUUGAUAGAGAAAAAAUUAUCUUCUCCCAAGUCACUCCACAUCUUCGUCAGGAACUGAUUCUGCAUAGGUGUAAAAAACUGUUCGACACUGUUGUUCUCUUUCAACAUCUACCGCAGGAAAUUAAAAUCAAAGUUGCAGAAUCCAUUGAACCGAAAAUUUAUUUGCCUGAUGAUGAAAUUGUUAAAGCAAAUACUCCUGGCGAACUAUUCUUUUAUAUUGUUUCCGGAACUGUCGCCGUUUAUUCGAGUAAAGGAAAAGAGAUAUGUCAUUUAGACGACGGUUGUUAUUUCGGUGAUAUUUCAUUGGUAAUGAAGAACGAGACGCGCAUUGCAAGUGUUUAUGCAAUAGAAAUUUGCGAAAUGUUUGUAUUAUCUCGUGACAAUUUUCUCCAAGCAAUAAAUAAUUAUCCAGGUCUUUUGAACCGUUUGCAAAAAGUUGCACUACAAACAUUGGAAUUUAUGAAUUUGCCCGAAGAAUCAACUAAUACAGAACAAACUUCAUUUCCAAUGAAGAGUGUUAACAUCAGUAAUAUUAGAGGUUCUCGAGGAUUAUUCAGUUAGACGAAAGUAUAAUCAUAUACAGCUUUGUUAAAUUGUUACCUCUGCAGUAUAAAAUUUCUAAUAUUUAAUUUAUUUCUACUAUAUACUUCUUUUCUAAUUUAAUUUUACAUAACAAUGUAUCAGCAAAUCUAAAUUUGAUGAUUCGGGCCUUCGGGGACUGAAGUAAUCUUUAGCAUUUAUUCUUUCUUUCUUUCUUCAAUACUGAAGAAAGAAUAAAUGCUAAAUGCGUUUUCUUCAGUCCUGAAGAA